UCAAGUUCUGCCACCUUUACGGACGGAGGAGUGUUCAUUACACAAGUCAGAACCUCUCCAUCCCUCUCCAUCUCUCACCUUUAAAAUCUCUUCCAUCCUGUACUCUGUAUUAUACUGGCUCUUCCAUCCAUGGACGCUUUCAGCUUACUCAAGUUCUGGCGCAAUGGCGGUACUGUCGGUGGAAUUAGCAGAAUCCUCACCCGCGACGGCUGCUCCACUGCUCCUACCACCGGCACCACUACCAUUCUCACCGCCGUCACUCCUCUUUUAUCCGACUCCGACUCUGACUUAGACUCAGACGGUCCCUUCAUCGACUUGGAGUUCACUUCCGCUCCGGAAGACGAACAUGGGCGAAUCAAUGGUCGUGAAAAUGACGACGGCGAAAAUUCCGACCAGGUUAAGCAUAAUAAUGAACAACAUGCAGCCGAAGAAGUCGACGGGAGCGAGUCCGAUGAGUCGUCGUACAAUGAGAAUGAAGAAGGCGAGCUAAAUUUGACUUUCUCUACGUCCUCCGGCUCGAGUGUUGACCGUACGGAUCCGUACGGAUACCUUUCUCCCUCAGAUGACCUUUUCUGUAAAGGCGGUGACCUUUUUCCGGUGAAUGAUUCAGAAACCAAUUCGAAAUUCCAGGCGUCUCUGGUGAAAACGGCAACCAAAUUCAGAGUCCUAAUGUUGAAAUUGAAGAAGGCGAAGGCCACAAAUGCCGAGCAGAAAGCCGAGAAAUCACAGUCGGAAGGAUCUAAUCCAGCGAAACCAAGGCUGAGUCAGAAACAAAUUAAAGCUGAGAAUGAAAAAAACGAGAGCCAAAUUCGGACGGAGAAGAGCUCUUUGACGGUCAGAUUCAAGGUUGAAGAACUGAAUAUCAUUAAAUCCCUAUUUAUUAGGGAUACCACUUCGAAAAACGGCAACAAUGGCGGCAUAGCAGCAGAAGGAAAUUCGCAUUCAAAUGUCGACCCGAGUUCGAGCCCUAGCUCAUGUCCAGACGAGAAGAAAUUUUCCAAAGAGUUGAUGAUGGAAAAAUACUUGAAAAUGGUAAAGCCAUUGUACGUCCGUGUCUCGAGGCGUUAUGGCGAGAAGUUGAGGUUUUCAGGACAGCUGAGUUUGUCCAGAGGAGGAGGAGGAAUCAAGGCAGCUUCGGUUUCAUCUGCUCCACCGCCGCAAUCGACGAUGGAACAGACACAGAAAGGCGAAACUGCACCGGCGGUAGAAAUAUCUGAGAACACGUCGGUAUUGAGUUACGCUAAGAGUGUGAAACAGGGGAGCCUACCGGCGGGGCUGCGAGUUGUCCGGAAACAUUUAGUCAAAAGUCGGUCAGCGCCGCCAGCGGCAGUCUCGUCCGGUCAAGUGUCAUCGCGGAGGCGUGACGACUCUCUUUUACAACAAGAAGAUGGAAUUCAAGGCGCCAUUUUACACUGCAAAAGGUCUUUCAACUCAACCCGAGACUCAAAUUUGCGCGUCUUAUCUCGGUCAACGAGCGAAGCAUCUCAAGGAAACCCCGUGAACUUCCCGGGUGAUGAAAUUGAACCCGUAUCCCAAUCGGGUUAAUUAUCGACUUCUGAGGUUUCAGAGUAGUUUAUUAAUUAACAAAUAAAUUGCGUAGUCCGUAGUAAUAGUAAUUAUGGUCUAAGAUUAACAUUACUAAUUAGGAAAAUAUAUUAUCGCUUCUUUUCCUAGCCAGAAGAAUCGAACCUUUGACUAAGUCAAUGGUAGUUUUCUAGCGAUAUCAUCCGUUGAUCCCCGAGAUUCUGAAGCCUGAUUUGUAAUGGGAUGAGAGACUGGUGAGGAAUGAGUAGUCAAUUAUGUGUGAUGGUUUUAGCCUUUUACCCAUGUAAAGAAAGCCGUCCUUUUUUACAGUUGUGGAUAAUUUCAUGCAACUGUGAUGUGCUCAUGUGCUUUCACUUCCAUUCUCCAUACGGUAACUCUGGUUCAGUUAAUCUUCAGCAUCGAAGUCUUCAUACAUAGAGGGUAAUUACUAGGGUUUGACCAGUCUGGUGUUCGUUCAUGAUUUCCUCCAAUAAAAGACUAAGAGCAUCGCUAUAAUGUGCACGAUGCACAUGUGUCAUGAGAGAGAUAGACACAAAAUAUCGAUUUUAUAACAUUUCUCUCUCUUUCUUUCCACGGUCUUAUGUGUUUUUGGUAAGUUUUUCUCUGUAAUGUGAACCACAAUGUCUACAUCUAGACAUUGUGAUUGACAUCGUGAAGAAAAACUUAUCAAAAUGAUGUAAUAUCUUUUAAAUAAGGAGAGAGAUAUUCUAUAUAUUGUUUUUUGAUUGGUUAUUUCUCAUGUCACAUAUGCACGGUUAACGUUUUAGCAUUGAAGAUGCUCUAAUGUUUGCUAUUUGUACACACAUUUGUACAUGACAUAUUCCUGCACGAGUCAAAUUGUCUUUGCGCAGUAAAUUUGACUGACGGGUAAAAUGCUAUGUACAAAUAUCUGUCAAUGUUCAAUGAUUCAAAUUAGGAUCAAUUGCAAUACAUGGAUUUAAAGUCCUUAGCUUCAUAUUAGUUUAGGUAAUUUUUUAUUUUACGUUUUAAUUUGCGUAAUAGUCAAAAUUACUCUGAAUCAUAAAAUACUCCGGAGUGCAUGACCAUUGUAUUUAUUUUUUCAUACUUUUUCUUUAUUUCAUCAAUAAAAUAUAUUUUAAAUAUAAUUUUUAUAGUGUACUAAAUUUAGCCAACUCAAUUGCUUCAUCUAGAAUUUGAAUGAUUUUAGCAGAUUCAGUCGAUUGAGCUUAUUUGAAUACCAUCUAGCAAAAGGAAAUCUGCCGAAUGUAAAACUAUACAAAAGGAAACAUCUUUAUAGCUCCGAUCUCGGUCUUUUCCCGAAACUAUAAUUUGCGAGCCUGCAGGUUUCGGUCCGAAAAUCUGCCGGCCGCGGUUUAAGAGCUGGACCAUAUCUCCAUAUCCACGCCUCACAAUAUUUGUGUGUAAUUAGAACGUUUCCUGUUAGGAUGGUGCUUUUCAACUUGUCAAAAGUGUUAAAAGAAUCGGCCUAGUGGUCAACAAAUGGGGAAAGUUGUUACGGAACAAUCACAAAAAAUCGUCUUUUCGGUUCUUGGUUUGCGUUUUGUUUUUAUUUGUGUUGUGGGAAACUUAAAUUUCAUCGUAGUAUCCGACGAUGCAUCAUGUUUGGUCUUUGUCUAUCGUAGAUGUUCUUUAGUUGGUGGUAAGGCCGUGAGAGGGAGUUGAUGUUCAGCUUUGUUCCACACAAAUUGUUUUCUUGUGAUAAAAAACGUGGCGAUAAACUGCACAGGCAUUUCUAUGGGGUUCCAUUUCUAUUUGUAUGCUAUGUUUAAGAAACCGAUCCGGGAAGUGACCCGGCCGCGUGACCGCGUCACGGGUCGACGUAGUCAACGCUAUAAAACCGAUAUACCUUUUAACAAUAAUAAACAUACUUCCUCCGGUUCUUAUUUAAGUUCUUAGUUUGACUUCACACAUAUUAAGAAAAUGAAUUUGACUUUACUGUGGAGUGCACUGUUUGGCACUGUUUGGACACUGUUUGACACUGUUUGGCACUGUUUUGUUUCCUAAAAUGGAAGUGUGAACUUAAAUAAGGGACAUCCCAAAAAGGAAAGUGAGAACUUUAAUAAGAACCGGAGGAAGUAUAAUUAUAUACAAAAUUAAAAUAAAAGGUAGUUAUUUCAUGAUAAUCAAAUGAUAAUAAUAUUUACUAAACACUUAAAAGUUAAAAUAUUCUCAUAAUAUUUUAAAAUACCAUUUUGAUCUUAUUAAAAUAUAUAAUGAUACUCCAUAUUUUUUAUUGGACAUAUAUUAUAUAAUUUGACAUGAUUUUUAUUCUUAAAUAAAUAAGUAGUGUAUAAAUAUAUUUCAUUUUUUUCUUUUUGGAGUAUUGAAAUUUGCAAAUUUAUUGUUUAAAAAUGCUUUAAUUUUUUUUAAAUAGAAAAACAACCAAAAUCGGGUUUUUCCGGGUUUGGACCAGGGUUUUCCAGGUCUUUAAUUAAUCGAACCGGGUUUUGGUUUGGGUUGCCGGGUUCCGGGUCGACUUGGUCGGAUCUGGUGUUCAUUUGCCAAUUGCCACUAAUCAUUUUUGUCAUUAUAAGAAAGUGACCUGAUUGGGAAUUUGGGCUAGGGCCAAAAUCCAUUAAUGGCCCCUUUUUGGCUUUUUCGUUAUCUAGUCACUAAACACUACUAAGUACAAACUAGUCAGACCAACUUUCGGGUGCGCCCAGCUCGUUCAUUUUGGGCAUUUUGUUCAAUUGUUCCACACUACUUCCACUCCAAUUUGACCAUGGGUUUUUGUUUUUUCUUUAAAUGUUACUACUCCGACAUAAAAAUGUUUGUCAUAUUGAGUCUGAUCUUCUUGAUUAAUGAUAAAUUUUUGGGGAGCAAAUUUAAUUAUUACUCCCUCCGUUCCCAAAAAUACUUCCCACUUUCCUUUUUGGGUUGUUCCCAAAAAUACUUCCCACUUUCCCAUUUUGGACAAUUUGUGUGGCUCACAUUCAUUUUAUCUUUUUCUUACACAACCACAACCAUAUAUUUCCACUUUAUUCCACUUUCUUAAUAAGCGUGCCAAGUUAAACUGGGAAAAUUUUUUAGGAACGGAGGGAGUAUAUAUGUAUAUAAUUAAUAAAUUUUAUAUUUUUAUGAGAAUACUUUGAAUAUGGAACAUUUUGAUAUAAUUUUCACAUUUAAAAUAAUUUAAUAUUAAAAAAUAUCAUUGGUCAUAGUUAAUUGCCAUUUAUUAUGAAAAAUCAAUUUGACAAAUAAUUUCGAGACGGAAGGAAUAUUAUAGUGAGAUUGAUUUUCUAAAAGUGAUUACUUUUAUACAUGGAUAAAAAAUAUGACUAAAAAGACAAUAAAUACAUUGAAAUUUUAUAAUGUCCCUGCAUAUUUAGCAUGCAUGUUGCUGCUUGUGAGUGUCAAUGUUAUAGCGUCACCAUUGCCACCACCGGUGUCACCAUCAUUGAUGUCGUGAACUCGUGAAGUAUGCCACUCUUACUAUCAGGGGAAAUCCGGCAACUAUUCAACAAAAAUUAAAACAAAAUGGAAAAAUUUCUAGUGAAAAGUUUGCUUGUAACUUUUGGUUCUAUUAAUUAUCAGUCUUGUUUGAUAACUAAAGCCUAAUAAAUAAUCACAUUAAAGACUUUCCGUUCACUGUCAUUCCCUUUGUCUGCCGGCAGUUUGUGAUAAAGGAACGAAGCUGUUGCAGCCUCAGGCCGUUGGCAACGCUGAACCGGUUUUCAAGAUACAACCACAGCGUUCGUGCUUCGUCAUGGAACGGGAUCGAAGCUGCUAACGCCGGGUCCAUACAUCGUAGCAACCACGAAACAACCAUAGAGUUCACCGUUUCCCAGUUGGAUAGUUGUGCUGCGGCGGUCGGCUUCGUCUCUGUUCCGUUGACAAACACAUAUUUCCGGCGAGCUUUGAGAGCUAAUGCAAUAGCCCGAGACCACGCCACAUAAUUGUCCCCUUUAAAGAUGACAUGAGUAAUUUGGUUACCUGGUUGAUCGCCGGAACCCAAAUAAUAAACGGAGGUUGGAUCGCUCAUGUUGAAACUCUGCUUCUGGCACGCUGGUGCUUUCCGCGGAGAUCACAGAUGCGACGCAGACCUACGGAGGCUCUGAUACCAUCUCAAAUUAGGAAGUAAAUAUUUUAUUAAUUGGUCAAAAUUCAGUCCCCCUUCCAAUUAGCCUAGGCCCCUAUAUAUACACACGAUAGCAAGAUAUUAAAUAGAGCCCUUAGCCCAUAUUUACAAGAGAUAUAAAUUAGGAAGGCCCAAUCUAAUAAAGUAAAUUUCAAAAUUACCUUGGGCAUCAGUGCAUCACU